UUAAGUCAACCGCCAAGAUGUCGGAAGAGGAUCUCUUCCAAGCUGCUGAGGACGGAGACUUGCAGAGGUUAACGAACCAAUUGAGUGAUGGGACCUUGAAUGUCAACACAACUGAUCUGUUAGGACGUUCACUACUACACUUGGCUGUAGAGCAAGGUGCAACACAGCGUGUCCAGCUUCUCCUCCAGCACGGGGCGAAUCCUAAUAUACAGGGCAAAAGGACAGGAUUGUUUACAAGGCAAUGGGGUGUACGCUGUUUAAUAUUAGAUGAAGAUGGACCUGCACCACUACACUUGGCUGCAAAGCAAGGUGCCACAGAGUGUGUCCAGCUUCUCCUCCAGCACGGGGCAAAUCCCAAUAUACAGGAUAAGGAAUUACAAAAACCACUACACUUGGCUGCAGAGCGAGGUGCCGCACAGUGUGUCCAGCUUCUCCUCCAGCACGGGGCAAAUCCUAAUAUACAGGAUAAGUGGGGAAGUACACCAAUACACUUCGCUGCAAAGCAAGGUGCCACACAGUGUGUCCAGCUUCUCCUCCAGCACGGGGCAAAUCCUAAUAUACAGGAUAAGUGGGGAAGUACACCAAUACACUUCGCUGCAAAGCAAGGUGCCACACAGUGUGUCCAGCUUCUCCUCCAGCACGGGGCAAAUCCUAAUAUACAGGAUAAGUAUGAGGAUGGACGUACACCACUACACUUCGCUGCAGAACAAGGUGCCACAGAGUGUGUCCAGCUACUACUCCAGCAUGGGGCAGAUCCCAUUAUACAGGAUGAUGAAUUACAAAAACCACUACACUUGGCUGCACAGCGAGGUGCCACACAAUGUGUCCAGCUUCUCCUCCAGCACGGGGCAAAUCCUAAUAUGCAGGAUAAGGAUGAGGAUGGACGUACACCACUACACUUCGCUGCAGAACAAGGUGCCACAGAGUGUGUCCAGCUACUACUCCAGCACGGGGCAGAUCCCAUUAUACAGGAUGAUUGGGGACGUACACCACUACACUUGGCUGCAAAGUAUGGUGCCAUACAAUGUGUCCAGCUUCUCCUCCAGCACGGGGCAAAUCCUAAUAUGCAGGAUAAGGAUGAAGAUGGACGUACACCACUACACUUGGCUGCAAAGCAUGGUGACACACAGUGUGUCCAGCUUCUCCUCCAGCAUGGGGCGGAUCAAAAUAUACAGGAUAAGUCAGGACGUACACCACCUCACAUGGCUGUAGAGCAAGGUGCCACACAGUGUGUCCAACUUCUCCUCCAGCACGGGGCGGAUCACAAUAUACAGGAUGAGGAAGGAUGGACACCACUACACUUGGCUGUAAAGCAAGGUGCCACAGAGUGUGUCCAGCUUCUCCUCCAGCACGAGGCGGAUCCCAAUAUACAGGAUAGGUUCGAACUUACACCACUACACUAUGCUGCAGGGCAAGGUGCCACACAGUGUGUCCAGCUUCUCCUCCAGCACGGGGCAGAUCCCAAUAUACAGAGCAAAAGUAUAGGAGGGCAUAUAUGGCCGAUGGGUACAGGUCGACGCACACCACUACACUGGGCCUCAGAGCGAGGUGCCACACAAUGUGUCCAACUUCUCCUCCAGCACGGGGCGGAUCCCAAUAUACGGGAUGAGAGGGAAGAAACCCCGUACACGCUUGCAAAAAAGAAAGGCCUAACAGCGAUUGCAGAAUACCUGUGUAGAUUUAACAACCCAGGUGUUCAGGACCACCUCCUCAAAGUAGCCUUCCUCAGGUUAUGUGAUCACAUCAAAUUGGACGAUUGCCGCAUGUUGGCAAGAGAUCACCUUGGUAUUGGAGACGUAGAAAUAGAUGACAUUGACAUGAACCACCAACGAAACGCUUGGGAGCAACGCUUCCAGAUGCUUUCCUUGUGGAGAAGUAAGACAUCAGAAGCGUCAGUGAAAAUAUUGAUUGGCUUCUUGAGAGCUGCACAGCUGGUUAAGACGGCAGAGAUCAUUGAGCAGCACUAUGUAGAGGAGCUGUACAAAGUGUAUGGAAUGUCAGCGGAAGAAUACCAGCGUCUUACUGCCGUAGAUCUGCCAGACAUCUGCUCAUUUGCCCUGGGUGAUAUGCGUCCGGUGAAGUUGGAGGGUUACGUCUCUGACAACCUGAAGAUCUUGUACGUGAAAGCCAGUGGAUUUGGAAUCCAAAAUGGUAAAGAAGACGGAAAUGGUGGCAACGGGAAGCUUGAAGCGGUGAUGAAAUAUCAUCACUUUGGAGACGGCAUUUUCAAACUCGUCUAAUGCACCAAGAAUCAUGUCAUAAUGU